AAAGAAGUGAUGAAGUUUUGAAGAAGUCCCUGUCCUUCCCAAGGUGCCAGAGAGUGAGCUUGUAAUGAAACAUCUACUUCAGUGGCCAAUCUGGGAGUGUGUGAAUGUCUGACCUGGAGAGGCCAUGGACCAGACGCAGAUGCUGAGCUGGGAACCUGAGGAGAAGCAGCAAGGAGAGGACGAGCUGAGAGACUCUGAUCGUGAGCCCAGGGGACGCCUCAGGGUGUUUGCAGGCAGCCUGGAACGUGAGACUGAUUUUUUGGUGUACACAGGUGAAAAUGUCAUCGGCAGACACGAGAGUUGCCACAUCCACAUUCCGGUGCAGUCUGUGUCCAAGAAGCACGCGGUGAUUGAAAUCGAGGGGGAUUCCCACCUGAUCCAUGACUGCAACAGCCUGAACAAAACCCGGCGGAAGAACGCCAAGCUCAAGCCCAAUGUCCGCUACGCCAUCAACGAUGGCGACCUCUUUCUUUUCGCAGAUGUCGCCUGCCAGUAUAGACUGCUGCCACCAGCGCCAGCCAAAGACGAUGACUCUGGUUCAGAAACUGGCUCAGAGUCCAUGUUUCCCCAGUCAAGGCUGGGCACGGGGGCUGAGCGGCCGGACAGCGGCGUUGUCGCCAGUGAUGAUCUAAUCUCCAAGGCAACCAGUGGUGAUUUGGAAUCGCUGGAGGAUUCGCUUGUGCUGUUGCCCACCCAACCAUAUCAAACCAAAUCGUCGAUGCCCUUUCAGUCUGACACCUACGUGAAAGAGUCUGAGGAUGACGACACACCAUGGAAGGGCACUGGAUCUUUUGCUUCCCGACACGGCCGACACCCGAACACUUCAAUACACCAAACUCCCUCAGCUCAUGUUGUCCCCGAAAGUGAUGAUGAAGGGGAUGAAACAUCUCGUUCCAAUGCUCAAUCGGUGCAGCUGCAUUAUGACAGUGACACUGACUUGGAAGAAGAUCAGCAGCCUGGUGAAAAAUGGGCAGAACUCAGUCCCGAACGCCCAGUCGAUGACAACCAUGUGAAUUCCAAAACAGGGGCUGCUGAGGAGCAUCAAGAUUGUAACUCGCUGCUGGCGACUGGUGUCACCGCCGCCAACCAUUCAAACACCACUCAAGAAACGAUCAGUCCAGGGAAGGCACUCGACUGUGACGCAGGAAAGAUCUCCUCCCAGGAGCCUGGUGUCCCAUCACCUGCUGCUGUUGACCUCCUGCCCCAUUUCAGUCGGGACGGCAACAGUGAGGUGGAGCUGGAGGAGCAGGACUCGGGGUUAAAUAGCGGCGGUCUCACAGUGUGUACCGAAACGGAUUCCGGUCUCACCAAAGGCGCUGAAGUCCAAGAGGCUGUCACUGAGGCUCGCGCCAGGAGCUUAAUCCAUCCAGGCAAGGAGAAAGAAAGCAGUAAAGCUGAUGAUGGCGCAGACAGCAAUGCAGCAUUGGAAGGAGAAGCCAGAGAGACAGCAGGCAACAUUAAUGAGACGGAGCUUCUGGAGGUGAACAGUGACACAGACAUUGAUGAUGAUACUGAUUCAUAUGCUCUGCAGCCAACUCAGUGCUUCAUACUGGCAGUUUCAGACACCCAGGAUGAGACAGCGGGGGAAGAUAAUUACACACCAGACGGUAACACUGCGGCAGCGAGCAACACUGAGGAAGAGGUCACGCAGCCAUUCAGCUUUCAGUCUCCAAUUUUCGGCAAAGAUACUUUCAAAAGUAAUACUGCAGCAGCAAGCAACACAGAGGAAGAGGCCACGCAACCCUUCAUUUUUCAGUCCCCAACACUUGACAAGGUUGCUUUUAAAAGCAACGCUGAGGCAGCAAGCAACACAGAGGAAGAGGCCACACAGCUCUUCACCUUCCAGUCCCCAACAUUCGACAAGGGCACUUCCAAAAAUACUAUGACAGCAAGCAACACCGAGGAAGAUGCCACGCAGCCAAUCACCUUCCAAUCUCCAACUUCCAGCAAAGGCACUUCCAAAGAUAAUACUGUGGCAGUGAGCAACACAGAGGAAGAGGCCACACAACCAAUCAACCAAUCUCCAAUGUUCGGUAAAGAAAGUUUCAAAAAGCCAUUUACUUCUGGUUUUGGUCAUGGGAGUCAACUUGGAAACUCUAAGGGUAACAGUGCAGCAGCGAGCAAUACAGAGGAAGAGGCCACGCAGCCAUUCACGGCUGCUGCUGCUACCCUGUGUCCUGUUGCAGCCGCACGUGAGCUGGGGGAUGGCUCGGAACCCAGCGUGGACGAACCUGCAGUGUCUAAUCCGGAAGACGGGUGGGCCAAUGAGGAAACCCAGCCCUUCUGCCUUCGCAGCCCGGCCGCUGAGGUGGAGUGUGCUGAGGAGUCAGGAGACGCUGAAGGGACAGUGCCCACCUCACCCUCCGAGGAUUGCCCAGCCCCCACAUUGCAAGACCAGCCCGACAGUCCACCAAAGACCAGCUGGAGUCUGCUGGAAGCUGCUCCCAAAGAAGAGAUCAGCAUAGAUCCUCUGGCAGCAACGGAUCAACUGGCGACCCCAGAGGCCAGGGAGGGAGGCGGUGGCUGGCAAACGAAUGAGGAAGUGAACUCCUUGUCUCCAGCAGAACAGCAGCCAGCCAAGGCCAGUGAGGAGGUGGUGAACGGAGAGGCUUCAAGAGAGACGACGAGGUCACUGGUACAAGAGAGUGGAGAUUCGCCAUCAGUUGGCAGAGGUGAAGUGGCCGGUCCUGACACUGAGGAACGCAGCAGCCAAAACCUGGCCUCAGAUUCAGCUCCGAAUGUGAUGAGCAGCAGACGGAGCACCAGGAGACCGAGUGUCACGGAGACGGAGGAUUCGGCCAUCCCCAGAGACCAAAGCCAACAGCGCAAGUCGAGCUCUGCGAGGCUCAGUGACGCAGGACGGCGUCAGCGUCGGAAAGCCCCUGAGCCGAGCGCCAAGGCCGCUGCAGCCACGCCAGUAGACGGGUCGCAGGCUGGGCCCAGGAGAGGCAGGGGCAGGCCAAAGUCCGUCUCUGUGUCCACUACGGAUGACGACCGAGGCCCCCCGGGGGAGGAAAGCCCCCAGGCUGCCACUGUCAGAGGCCGCAGAGCCAAGCAGAGGUCUGUGGCUGCCCCAGAAAUUCAGGCUGAGAGCGUGGAGGACUCUCCCCAAACCGAUGGUCCAUCACAGCAACGUCCAACAGGGAGAGGCAGAAAGAGGUCUGUGGCUGCUCCAGAAAGUCAGGCUGAGAACGUUGAACAAGCUCCCCAAACCGAUGGUCCAUCACAGCAACGCCCAGCAGGGAGAGGCAGAGGCAGGAAGAGGUCCUUGGCUGCUCCAGAAAGUCAGGCUGAAAGCGUUGAACAAGCUCCCCAAACCGAUGGUCCAUCACAGCAACACCCAACAGGGAGAGGCAGAGGCCGGAAGAGGUCCUUGGCUGCUCCAGAAAGUCAGGCUGAAAGCGUUGAACAAGCUCCGCAAACCGAUGGUCCAUCACAGCAACACCCAGCAGGGAGAGGCAGAGGCAGGAAGAGGUCCUUGGCUGCUCCAGAAAGUCAGGCUGAAAGCGUUGAACAAGCUCCGCAAACCGAUGGUCCAUCACAGCAACACCCAGCAGGGAGAGGCAGAGGCAGGAAGAGGUCCUUGGCUGCUCCAGAAAGUCAGGCUGAGAGCGUUGAACAAGCUCCCCAAACCGAUGGCUCAUCACAGCAACCCCCAGUGGGGAGAGGCAGGAGGAGGCCUGUGGCUGCUCCAGAAAGUCAGGCUGAGAGCGAUGAACAAGCUCCCCAAACCGAUGACUCAUCACAGCAACGCCCAGCAGGGAGAGGCAGAGGCAGGAGGAGGCCUGUGGCUGCUCCAGUAAGUCAGGCUGAGAGUGUGGAGGACUCUCCCCAAACCGAUGGCUCACCACAACAGUCCCCAGCGGGGAGAGGUAGAGGCAGGAGGAAGCAGGAACGUGCACAGUCGCCUUCACAGGAGACGGGAUUGGCAUCUGGAUGUAAGCGACGCACUCGGGUAACUAGUCCAUCAGAGAGUGAGAAGGAAACCAGCACACCACCACAGGUGAAAACCCGCCGCACAGCAUGCCGGCUGCCUCCUCACUCGUCCUCACGAUCUCUCCCAGACAGCGUCGCUCCACCUAAGAUCAUGUUCACCGGUCUGGUCGAUGAGAAUGGGGUGAAGGUGAUCAAACAGCUCGGAGGGGAGGUGGUGGAGUCAGUACAUGACAGUACACACUUAGUCACCGACCGGAUUCGGCGUACAGUGAAGUUCCUGUGUGCCGUUGCCAGAGGGAUCCCUGUGGUGACCCCAGAGUGGCUGAACAAGUGUGGAAAGAGCAGCUGCUUUCUGUCCUCCAGUGGGUUCUUGGUUAAGGACAAUGACCAAGAGCAGAAAUUCAACUUCAGGCUGGCUGACUCCCUACAAAAAGCCAAGAAGCAGCCGCUACUUCAGGAUUACCGGGUCCACGUGACACCAGGAGUGCUACCUGAGCCAAGCCAGAUGGAGAGUAUCGUUAAGUGUAGUGGAGCAACCAUACUGCCCAAGAUGCCAAGAACAUACAAGGGGAAGACCCUGGUGAUCUCGUGCCCGGACGACCUCCCCAAAUGCAAAGCCGCCCGGGACGCCGGCGUCCCCAUCGUGAACGCAGAAUUCGUCCUGACCGGGAUUCUCCAGCAGACGGUGGACUUGGUGAGCUACCGGCUGGACGGGAACGCCGACGCCAGGCCAGAGGAGAAAGGCAAAAAGCGGAGUUCCACUGCAGCAGCAAAGCAGCCUGCCGGAGGCAAGAGGAAGAAACGCUGACUGUUUUUUAAAAACAGGUGUACGAAUUUUAUUGAGCUUGUAAAUCCACAAUGUAUUAAAGAAAUAGAUGAAACUUAAUGCAUUGUUUUCAUUCCCUGUAAUCAGGUGUGAAGUUGAAAGGAAAUAAAUAUGUUGUAAAUGAUGGAUACCUUAUACUUGCCACAGAGGGAGUGCAGCAGAUGUUCACCAGG